UGUGUUCGCUUCACGUUUUUAUCAGCGUUUCUCUUCCAAUUCUUUUUCUGCUGUAUCAGUUCUGAUACCAACCUGUUUUGGGUUCAAAUGUUUCUCCUGGACGUUUGCACGGCACCUUCGUCACUGUUCCUCUGCUGUCCCAGUGUACCUCUCUUCUUCUUCUGCUGUAUAAAAUCUAAGACUGAGCAGUUUCGUGAUGUUUUCUGUUGUACCGGUUUGGCCCGGCAUGUCUCAGGGGAGUUUAGGGUCUUAAAAUCUCGAUGGGUCCUGCUGAGGAAGUGUUCGAGAUUUCGUUGUAUUACUAGCUUGGGUUAGAUGGGCAGAUAUGGCAAGACGCGCCAAGGUGGCUGUAAGCACAGAAACAGAAUAUUUGGCAAGCUGUUCCGAAGAGCCUU